AAGCCGUGCCAGCUGGGGCAGCACCUCCUUUGUGAGCACCGCUCCCACAGCCCCACCAUGGCGGCUGGCUUCUUCAUCAGCAAGACUGUGGGCAUUGUGGGCAUUGUGCUGGCCCUGGGGGCCGUGGCCACCAUCAUUGCGCUGUCAGUGGUGUACGCCCAGGAGAAGAACAAGGGUGGUGGAACCACCACUGCCGCCACCACCACCACUGCCUCCACCACCACCACCACUGCCUCCACCACCACCACCACUGCCUCCACCACCACCACCACUGCCUCCACCUCCAAAACUACUGCCUCCACGCUCCCCACCAUCCCUCCAAACACCACCGCCGCCCCCAACAACCCCUGGAACCGGUGGAGGUUGCCGACGACGCUGAUGCCAGAGUCCUACGAGGUGACCCUGCAGCCCUUCCUGAUACCUGACGCCAACAACACAUACAUCUUCAAGGGCAACAGCAGCGUGGUCUUCUUCUGCAACAAUGCCACUGACCUCAUCCUCAUCCACAGCAACAAGCUGACCUAUACCAAGCAGAAUUCCUUCCAUGCCUUGCUGCAGGCAGUGGAUGGCUCUAGCGUGCCCCGCAUCACCAAUACCUGGCUGGAGAUCCACACUCAGUACCUGGUGGUGCAGCUGGAUGGCAUGCUGCAGCAGGGCAAACGCUACCGGCUCUUCAGCAUCUUCACAGGCGAGCUGGCCGAUGACCUGGCCGGCUUCUACCGCAGCGAAUACGUGGAGUCAGGCGUCAAGAAGGUGUUGGCCACGACACAGAUGCAGGCGGCUGAUGCGCGGAAAGCUUUCCCCUGCUUUGAUGAGCCGGCCAUGAAAGCCACCUUCACGGUGAAGCUGAUCCACCCCACUGACCACAACGCCAUUUCCAACAUGCCCAUCAAGAACACCAGGCAGCAGGAGAUCGAUGGGCAGAGCUGGAACGUCACCGAGUUCGAGACCACCCCCAAAAUGUCCACCUACCUGCUGGCCUUCAUCGUCAGCCAGUUCAACUACACGCAAAACAACUCGGGGGAUGUGCUGAUCCGCAUCUGGGGCCGCCCUAAAGCCAUCGCCGAGGGCCAGGGUGACUAUGCACUCCAGAAGACUGGCCCCAUCCUCAAAUUCUUUGAGGAACACUACAACACAUCAUACCCACUGCCCAAGGCCGACCAGGUUGGCCUCCCCGACUUCAAUGCGGGUGCGAUGGAGAACUGGGGGCUGGUGACCUACCGGGAGAACUCGCUGCUCUUCGACCCGGCUUACUCCUCCAUUGGCAACAAGGAGCGGGUGGUGACUGUCAUUGCUCAUGAGCUGGCCCACCAGUGGUUCGGGAACCUGGUGACGCUGCGGUGGUGGAACGACCUGUGGUUGAACGAGGGCUUCGCCUCCUAUGUGGAGUACCUGGGUGCCAACUCGGCAGAGCCCUCCUGGCACAUUAAAGACCUGAUGGUGCUGAACGAGGUGUACGCAGUGAUGGCGACAGAUGCCCUGACCACAUCCCAUCCACUCUCCUUCCGUGAGGAUGAGAUCAACACCCCAGCCCAGAUCAGCGAGGUCUUCGACAGCAUCUCCUACAGCAAGGGAGCGUCAGUGCUGCGGAUGCUCUCUGACUUCCUCACUGAGGAUGUGUUCAAGGACGGGCUGCAGUCCUACCUCCACACCUUCGCCUAUGGAAACACUGUCUACACGGACCUCUGGUUUCAUUUGCAAGAGGCUGUCACAAAGAACAAUGUCUCGCUGCCUGACUCCAUUAGCAAGAUCAUGGACCGCUGGACGCUGCAGAUGGGCUUCCCCGUGGUGACUGUCGACACCCACACUGGCACCAUCAAGCAGGAACACUUCUUGCUGGACCCUACCUCCGUGGUGGAGAGACCCUCUGUCUUCAACUACACCUGGAUCAUCCCCAUCACCUGGAUGACAGAAACCACUAGUGGGGAGAGGUACUGGCUGACCAAAACCUCAGACACCAACAACCAGUUCAACGUGAGCCGCCCCAACUGGCUCCUACUGAACUUGAACGUCAGUGGGUACUUCCGCGUCAACUAUGACAAGGAGAACUGGGAGCAGCUCCUCAGCCAGCUCUCCACCAACCACCAGAUCAUCCCUGUCAUCAACCGCGCCCAGAUCAUCGAUGAUGCCUUUAACCUGGCCAGGGCCAAGUACAUCAAUGUGACCUUGGCCUUGAGCACCACGCGGUUCCUGAGCCAGGAGACGGAGUACAUGCCCUGGCAGGCAGCGCUCAACAACCUCCGUUACUUCCAGCUGAUGUUUGACCGCAGUGAAGUCUUUGGGGUGAUGACGAAAUACAUACAGAAGCAGGUGACACCCCUCUUCAACCACUACAAGAACAUCACCAAUGACUGGGUCACCAUCCCCAGUGGCCUGAUGGACCAGUACAACGAGAUGAAUGCCAUCAGCACAGCCUGCUCCUACGGCGUCACUGAGUGCCAGAACCUGACCACCAGCUACUUCCUGAAGUGGCAGCAAAAUGUCACCAAGAACCCCGUCCCCCCGAAUCUGCGCUCCUCCAUCUACUGCAGCAUGGUGGCCACAGGCGGGGAGGAGGCCUGGGACUUCAUCUGGGAGAGGUUCAAAGAGGCCACCGUCGUGUCCGAGGCUGACAAGCUCCGCACAGCCCUCUCCUGCAGCCCCUAUCCCUGGAUCCUCAACCGGUACCUGCAGUACACCCUUGACCCCCAAAAGAUCCGGAAGCAGGAUGCCACCGCCACCAUCAACAGCAUCGCCAGCAACGUGGUGGGGCAGCCCCUGGCCUGGGACUUCAUCCGUGCCAACUGGAGGACGAUCUUUGGCCAGUACGGGGGUGGCUCCUUCUCCUUCUCCCGGCUGAUUUUAUCAGUGACCCAGCGGUUUUCCACAGAAUUUGAGCUGAAACAGCUGGAGCAGUUCAAGGCAGACAACCAGGACAUCGGCUUUGGGUCGGGGACGCGGGCGCUGGAGCAGGCACUGGAGAGGACCCGUGCCAACAUCAACUGGGUGAAGGAGAACCAGGACAUGGUGCUGGCAUGGUUCCAGGGCGAGAUUCCCCCCAGCUAAUCAUGUGGCCCUGACUGCCAUGUACCCUCCUCCACAGCUGGGCUGGACUCUCACCCACUCGCUGGUUCCGUUCACUCCAUCCUCUCUGGCCCCCAGCCCCAAACACUCCCUCCUGGUGCCCCCCAGGCCACCCCACCUGGGUCCUUCGCUGCUCAUGAGGGGCAGGGUCCGCUGCCCACAGCAGGGCCUGGUGCCUGUAUGAUGGGCAGCAGAGGGGGGCUGGGGGGCUUUGGGCUGGGGUGGGGUGGGGGGGCCCUGCUGCCCUCAGCUGCCUGGGGCAGCACUGGGCUCUGCAGGCUCGUGCAAGGCCUGGGGUAGGUGUAAAUAAAGGCUUGCACGUCA